CGUCUUGUAAGCAGCAGCAGCAGCAGCCAGUUGUUUACCGGUACUGAUGCAUUCGCUAAUGGACACCGCGUUGGCUGGCUGUCAAACCAGCUAGUCAGGAGGAGGUAAACCAGCACAGGUUGCUCCAGAGGUUGCCAGACGGGGACUUCAGUCUGCAGCGUCCACAUCUUUGAGGGUCUGAGACGGCGGCACCAUGGCCGACCACGAGGAAUCCCAGAAGAUGAACGGCUCCUCCCAUCACGCUCAGGCUCCCAAAGAGAGCAUGCAGCUGAAGAAGGAGAUCUCGCUGCUCAACGGGGUCAGCCUGAUCGUGGGGAACAUGAUUGGCUCUGGCAUCUUCGUCUCCCCCAAGGGCGUGCUCAUCUACAGCGCCUCCUACGGGCUGUCGCUGGUCAUCUGGGCCAUCGGGGGGGUGUUCUCUGUCAUAGGGGCCCUCUGCUACGCGGAGCUGGGCACCACCAUCACCAAAUCAGGGGCUUCUUAUGCAUACAUCCUGGAGUCUUUCGGAGGCUUCAUUGCGUUCAUUCGCCUGUGGACUUCUUUGUUGAUCAUCGAGCCCACCAGCCAGGCGGUCAUAGCCAUUACGUUUGCAAACUACCUGGUGCAGCCGCUCUUUCCCACCUGCGAGCCGCCAUACGCAGCAGCCAGGCUCAUCGCUGCCGCCUGUAUAUGUUUGCUAACGUUCAUCAACUCUGCGUAUGUGAAGUGGGGAACCCGCGUGCAGGACACCUUCACCUACGCCAAGGUGGCAGCACUCAUCGUCAUCAUCAUCACCGGCAUCGUCAAGCUGUGCCAGGGUAACACAAGCAACUUUGAAUCAUCCUUUCAGGGAUCGUCCACAGACCCUGGCAACAUCGCUCUGGCGCUCUACUCUGCCCUCUUCUCGUACUCGGGCUGGGACACUCUCAACUUUGUCACUGAGGAGAUCAAGAACCCUGAGAAGAACCUGCCCUUGGCCAUCGCCAUCUCUAUGCCCAUCGUCACCAUCAUCUACAUCCUCACUAACGUGGCCUACUAUGCUGUGCUGGAUGUCAGCGCUAUACUGGACAGUGACGCAGUGGCAGUGACGUUUGCGGAUCACACGCUGGGUGUGAUGAGCUGGACCAUCCCCAUAGCUGUGGCUCUGUCCUGCUAUGGAGGACUCAAUGCCUCCAUCAUAGCUGCAUCCAGGUUGUUCUUCGUGGGCUCUCGUGAGGGCCACCUCCCAGACGCUCUGUCCAUGAUCCACAUAGAGAGGUUCACCCCCAUCCCCGCUCUCAUGUUCAAUUGUGUCAUGUCUCUGAUCUACCUGACCGUGGAGGACGUUUUCCAGCUCAUCAACUACUACAGCUUCAGCUACUGGUUCUUCAUGGGGCUGUCCAUCGCCGGACAGAUCUACCUGCGCUGGAAAGAGCCCGACAGACCCCGACCCCUCAAACUGUCUUUAGUGUUCCCGGUGAUUUUCUGCAUGUGUACUGUGUUCCUGGUGGCGGUUCCUCUCUACUGCGACACCAUCAACUCCCUGAUUGGCAUUGGCAUCGCCCUGUCAGGGGUCCCCAUCUACUUCUUUGGCAUCUAUCAACCAGAGUCCAAACGGCCCCCCAUCAUCACUAAGCUACUGCGUUCCCUCACUCACUGCACUCAGCACAUUUGCUACUGUGUACUGACAGAGAUGGACAAAAGUGAAUAGCUUUGAAGCAGCAAUCUCUGAAUCCUCACUGGUGUUUUUGUGUGGGUAAAAGGAGUUUAAUGUACUGGUUACCACAGUGAAGCUUUCAGACUCCACUGACUUGUUUACAAAACGGAACUGCUGCCACAGGUGCCCUCAUUCACAUGCAGAUGAAUCAUGGAAUUCCUGGAUAUUCAAAAACUCCGAGACAUAUUGUGGAUACUGUUACAUUUGCUCCAUCAUGUUAUUUAAUUACCUCUAUUUUUAAAGGAUUGCAUUGUUUUUGUUGACAAGCAGUAUAUAUACAGUGGGGCAAAAAAGUAUUUAGUCAGCC